UUUCAAUAAAUAUUAUAAUUAUGUUUGUUAGGUUAUGAUGACACUACAAAACUAUGAGUGACAAUACACACAUUCAAAUACUUUAAUAUAAACAUGUUUUUUAUUGGAUAAUUUUUAAUAUUGUGCUGAUGAUGUCGUUCAGAGGAACGAUGAAAGCCCCACGACGAAAUCAUCCAGCUCAGAGAACAACACUCCAACAAAAUGAAUAACGGUGUUUACACGAAUAGAUAACCAAGUUGUAAACAGUAAUAUCAUUGGCCGGUGUUAUUUGAAUAAUCAUAAUCAACUUAACAACCAAAUUAAAUGGCUCGAUAUACUUACUUACGCCUGUUGCCCCUCUCCGAGAGGCAUAGGCCACCCACCAGCAUUCUCCAUCCUACCCUGUUCUGGGCAAUCCUUCCCAGUUGCUAGUCAUCCUUUUCAUGUCUGAUUUCAAUUCCCGACUCAGUUUAUUCUUUGGCCUUCUCUUCCGUUUCCCUUCAUGAUUCCGAAUUAGGGCUUGCCUCGUGAUGCAGUUGGUCUUGAGUUUGGCCAGGGGAGGAAAAGCGGUUAAAGAUAUUUCUUUUGUACGUAUAGCUGCGGUUUAUUCAUCCAAAUCUCUAAUGCUCCAGCCGUUUGAUGGACUUUAAGUCUGACAAGCUCUGGGGAAAAUUUACUGAUCCGAUAAGUAAUUGAAAAGGAUUGGUUUAUACUGGCACUAUGACAUGCUUGCACUAAAUACGUCAAUAUCGAACUGUUCAUUUUCUUCAAUAAAUCUUUGUUUAGUCACUUUGGGAGGUGUUCCUGCGCACGAAAAUGUAAAUCCUUAGAGCUUCAACGAAUAUAAGUUGUUGCACAGGAGCAGUUGAACUGAUAAAUACAAAAUGAGUUAGUCAUCCUAGCUAAUUCAUCUUUUAGCCUCGAUGUCACGAUUGGGCGAGUAGUAAACACUAAUCGUAGUACUCAGCCGUUGAAUGAUCUUUGGAUUGUUCUGCGUAAUCUCUAACUUGAUAUUUCGCUAGCAACAUCCCCUCAUGAACAAGGAUUUCUUAUUCACUGCUUGUAUUUCGUCUAUUCUAGACUUCUUUAUCAUAUAACUGUUUACGAACUUUCCAGGGUAUCUGUUUUCAUCUUCUUCCACUAUAUCUGUAGAACAAAUAGUACGUAUUCGGUAACUCAGAGUUCUGAUCAGGUUUCUUUUGUACUGUAUAGGUUUAAAGCUAAAGAAACAUGUAUGCGGCCCUGUCUAGGUAUUAUCUUUCUGUUUAAGUUUAUUGUUUAGUGAACAUUAUUUAUUAUAAUAUGUCAGCAAGUUAUAAAAUGAAGCAUUUCUAAUUUACCGAUCAUUCAUAAUAGAUUUUUUUUUGUGUGUAUAUUUGAGUGUACGUGUGAUUAAAUGACACAAUUCAUAUGUGUUGAUUCUUAUCUUUGUAUUUCCAACAAUGUCGACAUAACAGAACAACCAAUAUAAUAUACACACACAUAGUGAGUAAUUUGAACAUAGAUUAUAUACAAUAUAAUCAAUAUUACAGCCCCUUAGAAUGAGAUUCUUUUUAAAUGAAACAAUAAUUCAUUGUGCAAAUAUCAUCAAUAUUUUGUCUAUUGUAUGAAUGUAAAGAUAAAAGACAUGGCAUUAAUAGAAGAUUGGCCAAUAGUUGUGGAUAAUGGAGCUGGACAUUUAAAAGCUGGUUAUGCUGGAGAUGGUGGACCAAGAAUUCUUAUUCCAAUGUUAAUAGGUAGACCAACAAAAUGUUCAAAAUAUACAGACUGGUUUGUUGGUGAACAUGCAAAUGUUCUUCGAAAUGAACUGAUUCUUAAUUGCCCUAUUGCCAAUGGAAUUGUAACGGAUAUUGACGGGUUAUCAUUAGUUUGGUAUUAUAUGUUCAUGAAGGAACUACGUACAAAUCCGGAAAAUCAUCCAGUUCUUAUAAGUGAAUAUCCUUUAUUGCCUAAAUUCAACAGAGAAAAAUUAGCAGAAAUGGUUUUUGAGAAAUUUCAUAUGCCUGGUUUAUUCUUCACAGAUCAAUCUGCACUUGCUCUGUACGCGUAUGGGCUAACAUCCGGUUUGGUUGUUGAUGUUGGUACAGAAAUGUCUAAUAUUACACCGGUCAAUAAUACAAUUUUUAUACCGAAUGCUUUAAGGCGUCAAAAUCUCGGUGGAUCUCAUAUAACUGAAUUAUUUCGAUAUAUGCUAGCGAAAGAACAUCCUGUUGCAGCCACAUCUAUCUCACGUGAUUUUGCACGGCUUUUAAAAGAAAAAUUUUGUUUUAUUUCAUUGAAUCCAGAUGAUGAAAGAAAACAAAUCAAUUCCACUUCAAAUGCACAAAAUGUACAUCAAACACCAGAUGGUCAUAUUAUAAGUUUGACUAAGGAAAGAUUUAUGGCACCUGAAUUAUUAUUUUAUCCAAGACAAGCAGGUUUAAGUGGUACAACUGGACUACAAAAUAUCGUUAAUGAAUCUAUUCAAAAAUGUUCAGCUGAUUUACAUCCAACAUUAUAUUCAAACAUUGUAUUAAGUGGUGGUAGUACAUUAUUUCCUGGAUUUUCACAACGUUUAGAAAAUGAAUUGAACGCGUUGAACUCACCAGUAAAUCAAAGAAUAUUUGUACAUAGAAAACAAAAUGAUCAGAAAUAUGCUGUAUGGAUUGGUGGUUCCAUUUUAGCCUCAUUGAGUUCAUUUAAAGAAAUAUAUAUACAAAAGAAAGAAUAUGAAGAAUUUGGUGCAAGAAUUGUACAUACAAGAUAAAACCAUAUCAUAACUAUUCAUUAUUAUUACAUCAUUUAAUUAAAAGAAGAAAAAUAUUGGGAUAAAACUUUACAAGGAUUUAAGGAAAUAUGCAUUUUAUUCAUUGAACACUUAAUUAAACAGGUACAAAUUCCCGCCCCUCUCUCAUUCAUUAUGAUCUUAAUGAUAGUUUAUUUGGCUUAUAGUCAUAGGUAAUGAAAAUGUUCAUUUGUCCUUUAUUUUAUGUAUUUAACUCCAUUGAUUCAUUUUUACAGAUUAUGUAUAAAUAAAUU